AUGCCGGGUGCGGGGGGUUGUGGGGGGUGGCAAACCACGACGCACCACGACGCAGCGGUGCCGUGCCAGCCGUCGUCGUCGUCUGUCGUCGCACCGCUCGAGUUUGAGGUGACGAGGUUGGAAGUCACCGCUGCUCGUCUGGCGCACGAAUUUGGGGCUCUCGUCGCGUCCUACGAGGGACAUGCAGUUCAGGCCGGUCGGGCGACACUGCAGUGCAGCACGGCCCUCCUUCAAGGCACCAUUUUUCUUGAGGAGCAGCUGCGUGAGGCAAUGGCUUCCGCAAACGGCGUGCUGGAAGGGAUGGCGGGCAUUGUAGCCGCCGUCAAGGGUCUGGAGAAGCUCUUGCACGAAACGCAAAAAGUUGCCCGGGAUGUGUCGCUGGUCGAGGACGCGCUAAAGGCGGCGGAGGCUGCGAGGGACAGUGAGCGAGGCAUUUGA